AUGCUCCGAGGUGUGCCAAGACCAGGCCUCAGGGGCCUGAAGGAGGGCAAGGGCUCUGUGGAGGAUUUGGAGGGAUCUUACCUGGAGGCCGGGAGGGAUUUGGGGGUAUUAAGGGAGAACGGCGCCCCUCGCAUUCUGGGAGAGGUGGAGGAGGCAGCAGGCCGGAAGCGCGUCCGUCCAGUACGGUCCAAAGCCCGGCGCAUGGCAGCCAACGUGCGGGAGCGCAAGCGCAUCCUGGACUACAACGAGGCUUUCAACGCGCUCCGCCGGGCCCUGCAACACGACCUGGGCGGCAAGCGGCUCUCCAAGAUCGCCACGCUGCGCAGAGCUAUUCACCGCAUCACGGCGCUCUCCCUGGUCCUGCGUGCUAGUCCCGUACCCCGAUGGCCCUGCGGGCACCUGGAGUGCCACGGCCAAGCCGGACGCGGAAGGGGCGCCCAGGACACGGCCUCCAAUCUGCCGCGGCCCACACCGCCGCCUGCCAGGCCCAGCCUCACGCAUCGGGACGCGGUCUGCCCCUUGGUGCCACCAGCAUCGCGCUGCGCCUCGUGUUCCCAGCACGCGCACUGGGGAAGGCCCAGGGCGGUGGUGGAGGCGUCAGGUGUGGCUCAUGCCUCUGGGGGAUGCUGGCACAGAUGCCCGGGAGCUGCCUCUACCGGGGCACUUUCCUGGCCUCGAGGCUACUUGCGAGCGGACCCAGGGCUGAGCUACCAGCACUGCUGA